AUGGAUACAUUAUUCGACUUAAUUAUUAUAGGAUUGGGUUCUCAUGGUAGUAAUUGCUUUUCACAUUUUUCUGGCAAAAUGAAAGUCUUAGGUAUUGAACAAUAUAUUUCCCCACAUACAAAGGGGUCUCAUAAUGGUGAGACUAGAAUUGUCAGGGAAAUGGGUUAUUCUGGAGAAUAUGUGGAUAUUGCUAGAAGAUCCCUUGAAUUAUGGAAGCAAUUACAAGACUCAACUAGUGAACAAGUAUAUGUGAAUUCAGGAGGAAUUUUAUUUGGAGAUUUAAGUGAUAGUCAAUUUAGAAAUCAAAUAUAAUAACAUAAUCCAAACCUAUAGCAAUUGAAAAGUCAAGAAGUUGAAUCUAAGUUUCCAAUAAAGACAUCUUAGGACUAAUAAUUUUUCUUUGAUAAAUCAGCAGGUUUUGUAAGACCAGAAUUAGCAAUAUCUAUCUUUAUAAAUUAGGGUAGAGCAAAAGGAGGACAGGUUAUUAAUAAUUGUAGAUAUAUAAAUCAUAUAUAUAAAGGAGAUGAAAUUCAUGUUUAUACAGAUUUAGGAGUAUUUAAGUCAAAAAAGUUGAUUUUAUCACUUGGAAUGGGUCUAAAGAGAUUAUAAAAUACAUAUCCUUUGGAUAUUAACAUUUAUAAACAAUAAGUUGUAUUCUUCAAAACGGAUAAUAAGAACUUUGAUAAAUUACCAGUUUUCAUUAGUGAAAAUAAUUCAUUAGAAAUUUAUGGAUUUCCAAGAAUAAAUGGGGAAGUAAAAAUAGGAUUGCAUCAUUUUGGUCCAUCUUUAGAACAUCCAGAUUUAUAUGAUCAAACAAAGAAUGAACAAGGAAGUGUCAACUUAAUUAGAUAGUUUUUGAUUAAAUAUAUGCCAGAAUUAAAAGAUGCUAUAGUAUCUCGAGUAGAAACAUGUGUUUAUACAAGCACAAAAGAUCAUAAUUUUACAAUAGAUUUUGAUCCAAGAUCUAAAAAUACAAUAAUUUUAAGUGCAUGUUCUGGACGUAAUAUAAAUAUUAUAGAAAAUAGAUGGAUUUAAAUUUUGUAUUGUUAUGGGAGAAAUACUUGAAGAAAUGUUCAACACUUAAGUUCAAAAAUAUUAAUCAUUUUAAUUAAAUAGAUUCUAGAAGCCUAAAUUUUGA